UCAGUCAAAAGUAGUAUCGUUUCCGGUUAUUGUGUUUGUCAAAAAUAGACUUGGUGUAUAAAUGUAGCUAAUAACUGUAACGCAAUUGAUAAGAUUCAACAAACCGUACAAUGAGCGCACCACAAGCGACUAACUCACAACAGAAACCAGGUGUACGAGUGUACAAAGUUGUAAUAUUGGGAGAUGGAGGUGUUGGAAAGAGCGCUUUAACUAUGCAGUUUGUCUGCCACCGCUUUUUGGAUUAUCAUGAUCCAACCAUAGAGGAUGCUUAUCAGCAUCAAGCUGUUAUCGAUGGGGAGGCUGCACAGCUAGAUAUAUUGGACACUGCUGGGCAGCCAGAGUUCACUGCUAUGAGAGACCAGUACAUGCGAGAAGGAGAAGGAUUCAUUAUUUGUUACUCCAUGAUAGAAAGACGUAGUUUUGAAGAGGCUAUUGCUUACAAACAGCUGAUCGACAGAGUUAGAAAUAGGGAUGAUAUCCCUUGUGUUUUAGCUGCUAACAAAUGUGAUCUGGAAGAAUUGAGAAAGGUUAGCACUGAAGAAGGGCGUCAACUAGCCCAGCAGUUUGAUUGUCCAUUUUAUGAAACCUCAGCUGCCUUAAGGACUAAUGUUGAUGAUACUUUCUCUUCGCUUAUUAGAGAAAUAAGGAGAAAGGAAAAAGAGGCAAUGAUUGCUUUAGAAAAAAGAAACAGAAAAAGAAACAGGGCAAGACGAAUACAAAACUUUUUUCAGAGGAUAAAUGUAUUUAAAAGGACAGAAAGUUCAUAAACAAUUUUAAUUUUUUGUUAAAAAACUGUCUAUACCAAGUAUAGAACUGAAGUUCAAACAAUUACUGCUACUUAACUAGCUAGCUCAAUGGAUUGAUGAUACAAAACCACUGUGUAAAAAUAGUUGAAUUAGUUUGUUAGACAUGUACAGAUAAGUUGUUUUUGCAUUGUACGAUUCACAAAUCACAGUUCAAUAGCAAUACUGUAAAUAGUGUAAAUAUUAACAUGUAAAAGAAA